AAUACAUAACAAUUUAAGAAGAAGAAGAAGAAAAAAACAAGUUAAGAAGUAGAAGAAGAAAAGAAUAGACAACAAGUUAAGAAGUAGAAGAAGAAAAUAAUACAUAACAAUUUAAGAAGAAGAAGAAGAAAACAACAAGUUAAGAAGUAGAAGAAGAAAAGAAUAGACAACAAGUUAAGAAGUAGAAGAAGAAAACAAGUUAAGAAGUAGAAGAAGAAAUCAACCAUUUAAGAAGUAGAAGAAGAAAACAAGUUAGAAAGUAGAAGAAGAAAAGAAUAGACAACAAGUUAAGAAGUAGAAGAAAACAACAAUUUAAGAAGUAGAAGAAGAAAUCAACAAUUUAAGAAGUAGAAGAAGAAAACAACAAGUUAAGAAGUAGAAGAAGAAAUCAACAAUUUAAGAAGUAGAAGAAGAAAACAACAAGUUAAGAAGUAGAAGAAGAAAUCAACAAUUUAAUAAGUAGAAGAAGAAAACAACAAUUUAAGAAGUUGAAGAAGAAAUCAACAAUUUAAGAAGUAAAAGAAGAAAACAACAAGUUAAGAAGUAGAAGAAGAAAUCAACAAUUUAAGAAGUAGAAGAAGAAAUCAACAAUUUAAGAAAUAGAAGAAGAAAUCAACAAUUUAAGAAGUAGAAGAAGAAAUCAACAAUUUAAGAAGUAGAAGAAGAAAUCAACAAUUUAAGAAGUAGAAGAAGAAAAGAACACCUGCUAGCUUCCCGCAAACUGCGACGCUUUUUCGCCCUAAAAAUGGAGGAUUUGACGUGUAAAAUUAUUUUUUCAAGAGUGGACUUUGAAUGAAAGCAAGAAGUGAUGAAUAGUGGGAGAGCUGCCACAUUUCAUUCAAGGUGUUUGGUCCCAGGACAGAAAAUAACGUCUUCAUUUCAAAAUGAUUGGACAAGAAUGACUUUGUGGCUGUGCUACAAAAAACUUCUUUAUUGCUUUCCCUGCCUUGUAUUCUCAUUUAGUGAGCGUGUUUGGAGCCACGUGGGAUAUACUGAGGUGGCGACUUGUCCAGGGUGCACCCUGCCUUCUGCCCCGUUGCAGCUGACAUACACUCCAGCACCCCCGAGGGGGACAAGCGGUAGAAAAUGGAUGGAUGGGAUGGAAAAACAUGAAAGCUCAUCUGCCAACAUUCAAGGAGCUUCUCCAUUGAGAAAGAGAGACUUUUAAAAGUCAAAGAAAAAGAGAAAGAGGAGGACUUCCACAACAAAGUCACGGAGAUCUUCAUACAGAAGGAAAGGCGAAUGGACUUCAUUUACAAGUAAAGGCCUGGCAGCGCAACCGCAGCUUUAUGGCCUGCUGAGAGGGCGAGGGGGGCGGGCCAGGCAGGUGAGCGACCAUGGCGGUGGCGUUGGACGCCGUGUGGCUGAGGGUGAAGAACGUCUGCAAACAAAAUGGCCUCCUCAUCAUGUCGGUGCUGGCCGUGGUCAUCGGAUGCCUCCUGGGAUUCUUCCUGAGGACGCGGCGCCUCACGGAGCAGGAAGUCAAAUAUUUCCAGUUUCCUGGUGAGCUGCUGAUGAGGAUGCUGAAGAUGUUGAUUCUGCCUCUGGUCGUCUCCAGUUUGAUGUCGGGCCUGGCGGCGCUGGACGCCAAGUGCUCUAGUCGACUGGGUCUCAUCACCGUGUCCUAUUACCUGUGGACCACCUUUGUGGCCGUCAUCGUGGGCAUCGUCAUGGUGUCCAUCAUCCACCCGGGUGGCGCCGCCCAGAAGGAGGACUCGGAGGAGGGCGGGAAGCCCAUCAUGAGUUCUGCCGACGCUCUGCUGGACCUGAUCCGAAACAUGUUCCCGUCCAAUCUGGUCCAGGCCACGUUCCAACAGUAUCGAACCAGCAGCCAGUACAUCGUGCAGAACAAGCCCGCGUUGGGUCAGGCGCAGUCCGAGUCCACCACGAGGAGAGCGCUCAUCUACGGCAUCCAGGACGACAACGGAAGCGACAUCCAGAACUUCUCCCUGGACCUGACUCCGCCCCCCGACGUGCUGAUUCGCACCAGGGAAGGAACCAGCGAUGGGAUGAACGUCCUGGGAAUCGUCAUCUUCUCUGCCACCAUGGGUAUCAUGUUGGGCAGGAUGGGUCCAAACGGCAGCGCCUUGGUCAACUUCUGCCAGAGUCUAAAUGAGGCCGUGCUCCGAAUUGUGGCCAUUGUUAUUUGGUACUUCCCGUUUGGGAUCGUGUUCCUGGUGGCCGGUAAGAUCCUGGAGAUGAGCGACCCGUCGGCCAUGGGCAAGAAGUUGGGCUUCUACGCCGUCACGGUGGUGUUUGGCCUGGUGCUCCACGGCCUCUUCAUCCUGCCCGCCAUGUACUUCUUCAUCACCAAGAAGAGCCCCAUCGUUUACAUCCGCGGCAUCCUGCAGGCGCUGCUCAUCGCCCUGGCGACAUCCUCCAGCUCCGCCACGUUGCCUAUCACCUUCAAGUGCCUCCUGGAGAACAACCACAUCGAUCGCCGCAUCAUUCGCUUCGUGCUGCCCGUGGGCGCCACCAUCAACAUGGACGGCACGGCGCUUUACGAGGCCGUGGCGGCCAUCUUUAUCGCUCAGGUCAACAAUUACGAGCUGGAUUUUGGCCAGAUCAUCACCAUCAGCAUCACGGCCACGGCCGCCAGCAUCGGUGCCGCGGGGAUCCCUCAGGCCGGACUGGUCACCAUGGUGAUCGUGCUCACCUCUGUGGGCCUGCCGACCGAUGACAUCACUCUGAUCAUCGCCGUGGACUGGGCGCUAGACCGAUUCCGCACCAUGGUGAACGUCAUGGGCGACGCCUUGGCCACGGGAAUCAUGGCGCACAUCUGCAGGAAAGACUUCAUGAAGGAGGGAGACGGGGUGCCGCUCAUCUGCGAGAGCAAGCCGGUGGCCAACACGGCCGCGCUCAUGAACUGUCACAGCAACAACGGCAACUACCGGCUCCCCUCCUCGGGGGCCAAGCACGCCCUGGUGCCCCCCGAGGUGGCGCGCCUCAUGCAGCUGGAGGAGGGCGUGCGGCCGCCGCCGGAUAGGAAGAAGCCCCGUGUGCCCCCGAGGCACCCCAAGAAGCACAAAGACCACUGCACGGUGGACAUGAACGGACUGGAGACCAACGUCUAGGCGUCUCCUCCUGGACUGCAACCUAUUGGCUGACUCGCACACGGGAGGUCACGCACCAGCUGGUCCUCCAUCUUUUGUUUCUUGUCCGAGCAGCCAGGACGUCACAAUGAUCCUCAGGAACAUUUGAUGUCCUCUUGGUGGACCUGCACCACACUGGAGCUUCUGGAUCCAAAGUCACAUGUUUGAUUCUGCCUUAAGACAGCUGGGAGUGCCAGACACUGACAAGUCCAGCACAACAACAACAAGUCCUUCCAUCCAUCCAUCCAUCCAUCCAACCAUCCAUCCAACCAUCCAUCCAUCCAUCCAUCCAUCCAUCCAUCCAUCCAUCCAUCCAUCCAUCCAUCCAACCAUCCAUCCAACCAUCCAUCCAUCCAUCCAUCCAUCCAUUCAUUUAUGGCCUGGGAAUAUUGGCGGACUUCUGUCUCUGCCAAUUAAAGGGAUAUUAUCAGUAUUACUAUUCAUUAUCAUUUUUAGAAAUAUUUUGUAAUUUUUGUCUACAAGAAGAUCAAAGGGCAUUAAAGCACCACCAGAUGAUGACGGAGGAUCAUCAGCUCGCUGCGUCAUGUUGUCACGAUACCGCUCUCAGCCUCUAGGGCAGUGUUUUUCAACCACUGUGCCGCGGCACACUAGCGUGCCGUGAGAUACAGUCUGGUGUGCCGUGGGAGAUGAUGUACUUUCACCUAAUUGGGUUAAAAAUAUUUUUUGCAAACCAGUAAUUAUAAUCCGCAAAUGUGCCAAGUGUCGGUGCUGUCUAGAGCUCGGCAGAGUAACAAUGUAGUACUCUUAGGUGGCAGCAGGUAGCUAAUUGCUUUGUAGAUGUCGGGAACGUGGUUUGUCGUGAUCACAAUAUGCAGACGACAGCGGGAGGCAGUGUGCAGGUAAAAAGGUGUCUAACGCUUAAACCAAAAAUAAAAAAAAGUUGCUGCUAAGAAAAGGCAUUGAAGCUUAGGGACAGCGAUGCAAAAUUAAACUAAAACUGAACUGGCUGCAAAGUAAACAAAAACAGAAUGCUGGACGACAGCAAAGACUUACAGCGCAUGGAGCAGAUGGCAUCCACAAAGUACAUCCGUACAUGACAUGACAAUCAACAGUGUCCACACAAAGGAUAGCGUCCUCAGAACUUAAAUAGUUUUGAUUGCCAAAACAAAGCAGGUGCGGGGAAUAGCGUUCAAGGAAGACGUGAAACUGCUACAGGAAAAUACCAACAAAACAGGAAAAGCCACCAAAAUAAGAGCGCAGGACAAGAAGUAAAACACGACACACAGAAAAAAACGUCAAAAACCUCCAAAUAAGUCAGAGUGUGAUGUGACAGGUGGUGACAGUACACCUACUUUGAGACAAGAGCUAUAGUGAAGCAUGCUUGUUAUGAUUUAAAGUCAUAUCCAACAAUUGCAAAAACGACUUUUUAUUGUCAAUAUCUGAGUUUCAUUUUUCAAUGAUUUCUGCUGGCUGUGUGCCUCGGGAUGUUUUCAACGCGCCCUGGCUCACAAAAGGUGGAAAAACACUGCUCUAGGGGGGGGCACACCACACGGUUGCUAUGACAACCUGCGACCGUUUCAGUCUUUGACGACAUCAUCACUCAACGUUCAGUUUUAGUUUGAAUAUACUUGAUGUCAUAGAUGCGUCACGCAGCGUAGUUUCAAGGAAAAGGGUUUAGCUACGUUUGAUGUUCAUAUUAUUGCUUAAAAAAAAAGAACAUGUAUGUGAUGACUUGUAUGCAUGAACAUGUGAUGACUUGUAUGCAUGGUGUGUGUUCUAAUGGCUAAUGAUGCGUGUAUAACAUGUGAUGACUUGUAUGCAUGGUGUGUGUUCUAAUGGCUAAUGAUGCGUGUAUAACAUGUGAUGACUUGUAUGCAUGGUGUGUGUUCUAAUGGCUAAUGAUGCGUGUAUAACAUGUGAUGACUUGUAUG